AUGACCAAACAAGAUUCUGGAGAGAACAACGGAUUUCUCAAUCCCAACCACAGUGUGAGGAGGCCCAUUGUUGACGAUAACACGCGAGGCUUAAAGACCGCUGACUGGAAGGUCAGCCUCAUAGGUGGUACGUCUGCCUGUAUCGCCGUUUUUAUCGUCAAUCUUGGCGUCACCAUCUGGUCAACCUUGACACUCGCGGGUAAUCAGGACGGCCUAAAAACCAGUCGAAGAAUCAUCUACGAAGGCUCAUGCUCAACGACCCGUGACUUAAGCAUCGCCAUUCAUCUAGUCAUCAACACUUUUGGUUCGAUCCUUCUUGCAGCCAGCAAUUAUGGUAUGCAAUGCCUGUCUGCACCAACUAGGGCUGAUGUCGAUAGAGCCCACUCGCGCCAAACAUGGGUUGAUAUCGGGAUUCCCAGUUUUCAUAACUUACGGAAAGUAUCUACAAGUAGAGCUAUACUUUGGUGGCUGCUAGUUUUCUCUUCACUGCCACUACAUCUAUUAUUCAACUCGGUAGUCUUCUCGUCCUUAACAACCUACGACUAUAAGGUCUUCACUGUGGACACGAAGCUCAGACAGCUCGCGAGAGAAGCUGGAAACUCGCCUGCGACUUCUUAUCGCUUGGACCUAUUCAAGUCAAGGAACAUAAUAACCAGCAAGCUCGAUAACCUUACCGCCUUAGAGUGCAUCAACGAGUACGGUAUAGCUUUUCAGACAAAAAGGAACGACUUAUUGGUUGUCGUCGAUACUUCACAAUCUGGGGUAUCAAAAAGAACCCAUGAUGCACACCCAGCCUCACUUCAUAACGUCCGACGAGCUACUUGCACCGAAUCAGACUAUGACUGGAUUUGUCCUGAAUGGAACUGUGAUAACCCAUGCCGCCUCCAAUUGCCUCUAGUCAGACGUCAAGCUGAUAACUGGAGGCCAUGGGGUAAUCGGGUUGAAUAUUGCCUUAGCCAGCCAGCACCACAAAGAUGCCGACUGAACUUUGAUGUCUACCUCGCGGCAAUUAUACUUGGGGUAAACUUGAUUAAAGCCAUUACACUGGCAUUUAUCGCACUACGACCUCCAAAGGAACCGCUAUUCAUCCUUGGAGAUGCCAUUCAGUCAUUUUUGACCUUUCCAGAUGAGAACUCUCGUGGAAACUGCUUAGCGUCGGCGCGUACCGUCAGGGCUGGUCAAUUCACUCGACCUUGCACCAUGCACACAAAGCGUAGAAGACGUGGAGUUGCAGUUACUGGAAGGCGUUGGUUCUUCAGUUUUGCCAUGUACGGAAUAGCACUCGGUGUCAGUUGUUUCCUUCUAGCAUGGGGCAUUCGAGAGCUCCCAGGGCCCCACGAUAUUAAAAGCCUAUGGAAUCUGGGAUUUGGAGCUGCAACUGAGCUUACUAUAAUAAGGGGAUUUAGCUGGGAGGAUACUGGUGACGAGAGUCUCUUCUGGAACGUCCUUGUUUCCAACCUUCCGCAACUGGUUUUCUCUCUUCUGUACUUUCAGUACAAUGGCCUCCUUACUUGCAUGGCUGCGGCAAAGGAAUGGAGUGACUUCGGUCGUAAGAGAAAUCCAUUACGGGUUUCCUCUAACCCAAGAGGUCAGCAGCGCUCCCGCUACUUUCUCCAACUGCCUUAUCGCUUCAGCAUCCCGCUUCUCCUUGUCUCUAUUCUGAUGCACUGGAUGUUGUCACAAAGCAUCUUCAUCGUUGCCGUUGAAAAGCGCGAUCUCACGAUGCCAAAUGACUGGUAUUGGGAACUUUUGACGUGUGGGUAUUCUCCAAUUGCUAUUAUUUUCGUCAUAGUUACAUCCAUUUUCAUGGCUGCGGCCGUAAUGAUCACUGCAUGUCGUCGCCUACCGACUGCUAUGCCUGUGGCUGCAAGUUGCAGUCUGGCGAUUGCAGCUGCCUGUCACCAGCCAGACGGUAUCCCAUCACCAGAAGCAUCCUUAUUACCACUUCAAUGGGGUGUAAUGUGGGUUCAAAGAGAGGGAUUUAGUCAGGAGCUCACAGACCAUUGUGGAUUCUCCCAUCACGCAGUAGAGGUACCGCUGGAUGGAAAUCUGUACUUUUAG